AUGCACAUCGCUACUACACAUUCACGAGCGAAGAAGAUUCUUACCGUUAACGGUCAAUUUCCUGGACCAGUUUUAAAGGUUUACAAAGGAGACACCAUUUACGUUAACGUUCGCAACCGAGCUAGUGAAAACAUCACAAUGCAUUGGCACGGUGUAGAGCAGCCUAGAAACCCGUGGUCAGAUGGACCCGAGUACAUCACGCAGUGUCCGAUUCGACCCGGAAGUCAUUUUGUGUAUGAAGUCAUCUUUUCAGUCGAAGACACGACUGUUUGGUGGCAUGCGCAUAGCUCUUGGACACGAGCCACUGUACAUGGUCUGAUUUUCGUAUACCCUCGGCCCGGGACAUCCCUCCCUUUCCCUAAGCCGGAUCUAGAAGUCCCCUUAGUUCUUGGAGAGUGGUGGAAGGAGGAUGUGAGAGAGGUAGUGGAGGAGUUCACGAGAACCGGUAGUGAUCCUAAUGUGUCCGAUGCUUUGACUAUUAAUGGACAUCCUGGUUUCUUGUAUCCUUGCUCUAAUUCAGAUACAUUCGAGCUCACAGUAGAGAAGACCAAAACCUAUCGCAUUCGAAUGGUAAACGCAGCAAUGAACUUAAUCCUCUUCUUCUCAAUCGCCAAACACAGCCUCACAGUGGUUGCUGCCGAUGGUCACUACACAAAGCCUCUACACGCUACUUACAUCACCAUAUCUCCAGGGCAAACGCUAGACAUCUUAUUACACGCGGACCAAAACCCAAAACGCACUUAUUAUAUGGCUGCCAGAGCUUACCAUAGCAACCCUGUCAUCAAUUUCAACAACUCCACAACUAUCGGGAUCUUACGUUACAUCUCUUCAAGCAAAGCCACAAAGUCCUCUUACCCAAACCUUCCUAAUUACAACGACACUUCAGCAGCUUUUGGAUUCUUUACCAACAUCAAAAGCUUAUACUCAGGACAAGUUCCUGUCAAAAUCUCACGUAGAAUAGUCUCGACAGUUUCGAUAAAUCUUUUAACGUGUCCUAAUAACUCGUGCCAAGGUCCAAACGGGUCGAGACUAGCGGCGAGUAUGAACAACAUAUCGUUCGUCACACCAAACCACGUGGACAUACUAAAAGCUUAUUACCUUCACAUUAAAGGCGUUUACGGAACGCGGUUUCCUGCGUUUCCGCCGCUGGUUUUCAACUAUACCGCGGAGGAUCAACCGUUGUUUUUGCAGACUCCGAGGCUUGCUACGGAAGUAAAGAUGAUUAAAUUUGGAGAAGCGGUUGAAAUGGUUCUUCAAGGGACGAGUUUAGUAGGUGGUGGAAUCGAUCACCCCAUGCAUUUGCAUGGUUUUAGUUUCUAUGUUAUUGGUUUUGGGUUUGGUAACUUUAACGUAUCUCAAGAUCCUUCCUCGAACUAUAAUCUCAAAGAUCCUCCGUAUAGAAAUACGGCUACUGUGCCAAGAAACGGUUGGAUAGCUAUCAGAUUCAUAGCUAACAAUCCUGGGGUUUGGUUCAUGCACUGUCACUUUGAUAGACAUCUUACUUGGGGUAUGAAUGUUGUCUUCAUUGUCAAGAAUGGAAGAAGGCUAAACCAGCAGAUGCUGCCUCCACCGCCUCACUUGCCGCCUUGUUACUAA